AUGUCGUCAACUAACGCCAAUAGCACUAUCCGUGUCAUAAGAAGUCUUUUUGCUAGAUAUGGUUUACCGGAAUAUCUUGUGAGCGACAAUGGGCCUCAGUUUUGUUCACAUGAAUUUGCACACUUUUUGAAAGCAAAUGUCCUCGUUAGAGAUUACCAUGGAAACUCGAAAUGGAAACGUGGUGUAAUAACAAAAAUAAUAGGGCCACCGACUUAUCUUGUCAGUGUCGCUCCUAAUGUUAGUUGGAAGAGGCAUAUCAACCAGAUUAUUAAAUCUGACUUGAAGAUCAAGCAAGAACAUAGAUAUGAAGAGCAACUGGUUGAAUCUGAAGGUGAUUAUUUUGAACAUGACGAGACUACGAUUGUGGAACCAGAUGAAACCGAUAGUGUAGUAUCCAAAAGUCCAGUGCCGUCUUCAAACAUCGAAUCACCGCCACCAAACUCUCCCAUUGGUCGGACAUUGGUAACUGACGAAUCUCAGAAUCAGACACCAAAGUCGACUACAGAUAUUGAACGACGUUACCCACUUCGGCGGAGAAGGAGACCAGAUAGAUUUCAUUUUUAA